AUGUGGCAACAACAUUGGCAUGCAAUGAGUGACGACGUCUCACUUACUUUUGAACGUACAACGGGUUUAUCUGCUACUAACAUCAGCGCAGCAGGUCUGGAACAAUACAUCUUAUUCGAAAUUGAAAUUCUUCUUAAUUCUAAUGCCAGCUCAUCAUCGCUUCGUACCUACGGACUACCAAUGCCACGUUCUGACUUGCUUUCUGUUAUAACAAACCGUCUUUUAAUGGAAGAGAAGAAUUAUGAGUUACAAAAAUUGGCCUCCGACCAUGAGCUUCUCAAAAAUGCGCUCAACGCAGAACAGUUAGGCGUCUACAAUUUAGUUAUUACAUCAGCAUCGGGAAAAAUAGUUUUAGCGGUUGCCGCCUCCGGGAUUGCUUCGUUGCUAUUACCAUCUGGUAGAACUGCACAUUCAAGAUUCAAGAUUCCUUUGAAUUUAACAGAUGACUCAAUUUGCUUUGUAAAAAAAAAUACUCACCUUGCUAGGCUACUAACUGAAACCUCUCUUAUAAUUUGGGACGAGGCUCCCAUGAAUGAUCGUAGAUGCUUCGAGUCGCUUGAUAAGACCCUUAAAGAUAUACUUGACAAUCAGUCAAAGCCCUUUGGCGGAAAAUCAGUAUUGUUAGGCGGAGAUUUUAGACAAACGCUUCCUAUCAAGCCUAAGGCUUUAAAGUCUGAGAUUAUUAACUCAUCUCUUCCUAAGUCAAACCUGUGGGUACAUUUCAAGCUCCUAAGAUUGACAGAAAAUAUGCGCUUGCAUCGUCCUAACUUAACUAACCAAGAACGAGAUGAUAUCGCAUGA